CAAGAGGCGGGAGACGCCAACCGCGGAGCUGGGCCCUGCCGCUGAGGGGCCCCGACGAAGGCGGUGCGAAGCCCCGCUGCCCUGCGCCAGCGCGGGCGCGUCUCCCCCCCUCCCGCCUCAGCCAAGCGCCGCAAAACGCCGCUGCCGCUCCGCUCCGCCAUGAUGGCGGCAGGCGCCCUCCUUCCCCUUCUCCGGGGCGCAGGCCCGCCGAGGGGCAGAAGCCGGGGAGGGCGGCGGUGAGGCGGCCGCGUCGGCGGGACCGCGGCGCCGGCCCCGCGACGCCUCACGGGCCUGGGACAUUCCGGUUGAAGUACACCGAGCACGGUCUGGUUGAAAGAGCGCUAAGCUGUGCGCUCAGAAGACCUGAGGAAGGAACUUGCUUGUCUUCAGUUGCAAUAUGUUUUCUUCUCCAGAGUUGGGACCAUGGCUAUUGACUGGAUUGGUUUUGCAUAUGCUGCAUUGCUGGCUGUUGGAGGUGUUGUAGGAUACACUCAUAAAGGUAGUAAAAUCUCUUUAGCUGCUGGUCUUACCUUUGGUUCUGUGGCUGGUUAUGGAGCUUACUGCGUAACACGUGAUCCAAGAAAUGUGAAGAUAUCGUUGUUUUCAGCUUUUCUUUUGACCAUUAUAAUGGGAAUGAGGUUCAAGAGGUCCAAGAAAUUAAUGCCGGCCGGACUAGUAGCAUGCCUGAGCCUUUUGAUGAUUUUGAGGCUUGUUUUUAUGCUGCUGUAGGAGAAUUUAGCAACUUAAGAACCAAAGUAUGACUGCCGUGCCCACCGAACAAACAGGCAAGCUCUCCAUACUUGAAAGACAAGUUUGAACACGUCUUACAUUGCAUUUAUCUUUUCUGUAAAAGAUCUGUACCUGUUAUUUGAUUAUUGAGAUUUGCUGAUAUUUUGCAAGCUUUUUUUUUUAAAACUAAACUAAAGCGUUUUGUGGAUGAUAUAUUUUGAUCUACUUUGUUUAAGCAGUCUGUUAACUCAAGGGAUCUUUCUCUGUAAGUUUGAUCUGUUUCAGGGGUGCUGAGCACCCCAAGAAAUUGAGUUAGUCUUGCACUGUAUCUCUGAGAGAAGAAUAUAUAUAAAUACAUGUUUAUGCUAAAAGGUAGAUUAUAUUGAAUCAUAAUUUUGUAGCUUCUGAGAUUAAGUAAUUGAUUCUAAUCGUAUUGUCAAUUACUAAUCAUUAAAGGUGCGGGCCUGUACUCUGUUGCACUAGAAAAUCCACCUUCCUUUCAAACACAUGUUCUUGUUCCACUGGUUCUAAAUGUAAAAACUGGUAUCAGUGUUCAAAUAAAAUGUAAAAUGUUCAAAA